AUGUCUGGGUCUGAUAGCGAAGAGGUCGAAACCCAUGGCAACAUGUUCGACGACCCAGAGGGCUUCUAUCCGCCCACGCCGCCGCCCACAACCCAAACCUACACCACCCACGCCGGCCAGACCAUCACCCUGCACCUAGUCGGCUACAGCCCUACCGAGGCACACCACCUGUGGAACGGCUCUCGCGUCAUAGCGAACUGGUUCGAGACGAACCCAGGCGAGGUACAGGGCAGGACGGUCCUCGAGCUGGGUGCGGGCGCCGGGCUGCCCAGCAUCGUGGCUGCUGUUCUGGGCGCGAGGCGUGUGCUUAUGACAGACUAUCCUGACGUCGCCAUCGUGGAGACCAUGUGGAAGAAUGUGGACGGGUGCGAGCUGAUCCCACGGCGGCAGAAGAAGCAGGAGCAGGAGGAGGAGGAGAAGAAGAAGAAGAAGAGGGACGAGUUUCAUCGCGAGCAGGACAUUGUCACGGCCAAGGGCUACGUCUGGGGCGCUGACACGCGACCGCUCCUGGCCGAGCUGCCCGCCGACGAGUCGAGGUUCGACGUGCUCAUCUUGGCGGACUUGCUGUUCCGACACUCGGAGCAUGGCAGGCUGCUCGACACGGUGCGCGACACGCUGAAGAAGACCAAGGAAAGUAAGGCGUUUGUCUUCUUCACCAGCUACAGGCCAUGGCUGCAGCACAAGGACCUGGCCUUCUUCGGCCUCGCACGGGAGAGGGGUUUCGUGGUGGACAAGAUCCUGGAACGGGUCAUGGAGAAGCCCAUGUUUGUGGAUGACCCGGGCGACGAGGAGAUUAGGAAGACGUGUACAGGGUGGGUUGUGACAUGGCCUGAAGAAGAAGUCACGGAAUAA